AUCAAGAGCAAAAGCAAACCAAAGAAACCAAUGACUUUUUAAGUGAAUUCAAUCGGCUCCAACAAGCCAAGCAAAUGAAAGGAGACCUUAAUCCCGUUCUCGAAAACCUAAAACAACGAGACGUCCAGCAAGCUCCCGUUAAACUAAUCUAUGCCGACACCGAUUUUGCUGUCUUUGACAAGGGUGCUAAAUUAACCGAAAAAGAUUUUAAGACUUUGCCACCCGUCUUUUCCUGCAAACUGGGCAUAAUCCUUGAUGAAGUCUUUUACACCAUUUACAAUAAGAAAAAAAUGAAGCAGGCUCUCCAAGGACCUAGCCACCAAGCAGCCUUAAUUGACCGACUGAUUGAUAGCAUGAAAACCAAGGCCACCACUACUUUAAACAAAAAGCUG